AUGUGCAAAGGUGAGCUGGCAGUGAAAAUUAUGCUUGUGUCAUUUUUGGAAUUCCAAACUCUAGGCUUGAAGGUUCCCAUAUCUCACGCAAUUCCUCCUGUCGUUCUUUCCUACCUUUUUCUAGUCAAAAUCAAAGGAGCUCCCUUUCACAGUGUCCCGAAAUGCAGAACCCACCACCCAAUUAAAUCGCGCGUGCCGAAUGAUCAUUUGGAUGCAUCCAUCCCGGAAAUUAUAUCAAGGCGUUGUUGCUCUCAGGCCAUGAUCCGGACGGUCUUGGAUGCUUCCAAGCGAUAUCUACCUUCAACACCAGUGCAUGAAUGUUGCGACCUCACGAUGACUUGGAGUUUAUUUCCUCUUGUUCAGUCAGGUGUCGUCGUGGACUAUUACGUCUUCAAUAAGCCAGCAUCCAUCCAUCAUUACAAUAUUGCCUUGAUCGGAGGAAGAUAUCGGCUCUUAGGCAAGCGAUAUCAGGCAGAUUCUUCUGUCAAAACACAAAUUCUGCUGAGCCAAUGCUUCUUCAUAGACAAUGAAGAGCUUCCACAGAUACAUAUUUGCUAUCUCAUUAAGAUAAAAACCACAAUUCUCAAGGCCAUACAUUUCACUCAGAUAUUGCUGAGGAGAACCACGUCCAACUACUCCAUAAUAUUCUCUUGCCAAUUUCGGCUUAGCAAGCACCGUAAGAUAUCAGAUAGCCGUACCUCACACUAUACCGUAUACAGUAAUACGGUAUAUGAAAAGGUGCGAGUUAUCAAUCAGGUGGUGAGAACCAAACUAGACCAAAAGACGCUAGUCUCAAUAAAGGAAGGCGUUAGUAUUCAAAGGGCGAGUACUGCUGCGCUGACUCACAUUGAGGUGAAGCACUACGUCAUUUACGGAGUUCUCCGAGCUCCACUACCUGCUUCACCACUCUGCCAAGCUGACUUCUUUGCAUAUAUAGACCUUUAUGUACACCUUUCAGCAAUUGGCUUAGUUCUUCAUGGCUUUGGCACUGCCAAAAGCUUCACAGAUUCUCUUUUCAUCGUCCACCCUCACUUUAUGUUCUUACCCCAAAAUUCGGAGGGCCUUUAUCCACAGUUUGUAAAUCCCUCCCUUGAUAUGGCUUCUAUAUCCUCGCACUGUAUACUUCAAGGAGCGGUAGGUGCUCUGGAAGUGCCGGGAGAAAGAUGUACGGUACUUCAGAUGAAAAUAUCGCGAACAACAAAGAUUAUACGAAUUUUGCGGCACACUUCGUUCGGUCUAAAUGACAGACCCAUCGCUAUUUCCUCCAUUUUGAAGGUCAUUGUGAAUAUUUUACAAGGCGAAUAUGUCGUUGGUAUGUGGCACCAUCCUUUGGAGUGUGGGCUGCUUUGGUCGGUUCAUGGAAACCGGAUAGGGAACCCACCGCAACCGCAAUCUCACGCUCAAGCUCGACGCUUUCCAUCAAGAUUUUCAAAAGUAGAACCCGAGGGUAGUCCUGGAUUGCUUGCCAGCGAUAGCACAUACAGAGCCAUCUUUCGAGACAUUUUCGACUAUAUUGUGGGAGAAGACAAAUUUCAUUGCGAAGUGUAUUGGGACGACUGUCACUUGAUACUCAUCGUCUAA